AUGCGUUCCUUCUGGACCCUGACGGUCACAAUCUUUCUUUCCUUUCUGCUGAGCACCGCAGCACAGAUACUCUAUGACCCCGAUACCAACAUCGUUCUCUGCCCCCAGAAUGGUGGAAGUUACUGCCUUCACGGCUCGCUAAAGGGGCCAACUCUUAUCAGCUGUGCUUCGAAUGUGUCUGUCGAGAUUCAUACCUGUAACAUCCUCCUGUCUAAAGUGCUUCCGGAUGAGUACAAGCAAGCUGCGACCUGUCACGAAACCUCUAUCUCAGCCGGCGACGCUCUCUGCGCCUUCAACGGCACUGGCUACGUCCUUUCCAGCCCCGUCCUGCCUGUUGCCGUUCCGGAGACUCUCCUCUGUGAGGACGCCGAACAGAACGGACAAGGAGAAGCUGCCAGUGUUAGUAGCACUGCUGUCGUCUACGGACCGUCCACCUCUUCCCAGAAUGACUGGCCCUCAACUUCCGUGCCACGACUCACACGUACUUCGACUGCCUAUACUACCAUUACAGUCAUCGCACUGAGCACGACCUUGGAAGUCCCUACUGCUACCUCCAACCCCAGUCCUACUCAGUUCAAACGAGACUACCCCUGCUCUAACGCACGCACCGAAUCCCCAUCCACCGACUGGUCCAACCCAACCCCCGUGAGUCUCCACGAGCUCGCUGCACUCACGACCCCCGAAGAAUCACCCUCUCCAACUUCCACCCGUCACCUUUCUACCUCCACCUCGACAAUUUACAUGUACAAAGGCUCCGUGGUCCCCGCGACCUUCUCUCCUCAGGAAACCGGCACCGCUAGCCGCGUCACGGUGGUUGUGACCUUCACUGCCAAAGCAUCAAAGACCACCGUCACUGAUGAGAGUCCUGACCUUACUACUCUGACCGGCACUCACUCCCCUACUCACAAGGGGGCGGCAAAUUCCGGCUCCGCGGAAGUGGUGACGGCAUCCCUGUGGGUGCUGGGUUGCAUCAUGGUCUGCAUGGCGAUUAUCUGCCUGUGGCUGAUGUGGGAUGACAACUGA